GAACAUAAUGUUUUCUCCAAUAGUUUUUCGAAUAAAAAUACUUUUAUUUUGCCUAUUAUUUAAUCAAUCUUUGUCAUUGGAAUGUUUCACUUGCAGUUCUCAGACGAAUUUAAACAGCGAUAUGUACAGUAGAUGUGAAUACGUAGAUUAUUCAUAUUAUGACAAGUCCAACUUAUCGCAUUGCCCCUCUCCAAAUGUUUGUGCCAAAUACAUAGUAGAACAUGAUGGAGUAAAAUGGGUACAUAGAGCAUGCCAACCAAGAGACAUCUGUUCCUUCAUUGCAGCAAGAUAUAACGACCCCAGAAAUAUCUUAAUAGAUUGUCAGACAUGUUCAGAUGAGAAUGCGUGCAACUCAAUUGGAAAAAUCAUACCAUUUUCAAUAUUAUUUCUGUUACCGCUAUUUUUAGUUAAGCUUUGAGUGUGAUAAUCGUAAAAGUUAUUGUUCAAAUUCAUAAAAGUGUAUCUUAUUUAAAGUAUACACGUUUUUUGUUCAAUAUUGAUUUCUUAGUGUUGAAAAUCUGUCUUUUAUAUGGGUUUUGGGUAUUGGGUUUCUCAUUAUCAUCGGAAUUAUUGCUUGAAGAAAAAAGAAGUUUGAUUUAUAGGAUCAGAAAGAAAUUUAUGCAUCCAUCGUUUGUAGAUGAUGUGUGAUUUCGUCUGAAUAUUAUUAGUAAGCUAUCAAACUUUCAUUAGUGUUCUAAUUUGAGAAAAUAUGAGAAAGUAAUAGUUUUUGUUUUAAGUAGGAAUUUUUCUCAGGAUGUUACAUGGAUCAGAAUAUAUAAUUUUAACAUUAUACCAUUUUUGAGUUAUUAAAUGUUAUUGUAAAUAUGAAAGAAUAUCGUGAAUAAAUUUGGCUAUUAAAAU